UAUUAAUGCAUAUCUUUUGCAAAUUUUUUUUCUUUCUUCAUAUUUCAGACCCACGACAGUCCGGUGCGAACGAUGGUCUGGUCCCGCAACGACAGCUGGAUGGUGACAGGAGACCACGCUGGUUACGUCAAGUACUGGCAGUCGAACAUGAACAAUGUGAAAAUGUUCCAAGCGAAUAAAGAGGACAUCCGCGGAAUAAGUUUCAGCCCGACGGAUAGCAAAUUUGUAACCUGUUCAGAUGACGGGACGCUCCGCAUUUGGGAUUUCUUCAGGUACCAAGAGGAGAACGUUCUGCGAGGUCAUGGGGUGGACGUGAAGUGCGUUCAUUGGCAUCCGCAGAAGGGGCUGAUCAUCUCCGGCACCAAGGACAACCAGCAACCAAUCAAACUGUGGGAUCCGAAGAGUGGGCAGUCUCUGGCGACUUUGCACGCCCACAAGUCGACGGUGAUGGAUUUGAAGUGGAACGAUAAUGGCAACUGGUUGAUCACCGCGUCGAGAGACCAUCUGCUCAAGUUGUUCGAUCUGAGGAAUCUCAGGCAGGAAGUGCAAACGUUCAGAGGUCACAAGAAGGAAGCGUCGAGCGUAGCUUGGCAUCCGCAUCACGAGGGACUCCUCUGCAGCGGAGGAUCUGACGGAUCCAUCAUGUUUUGGAAUGUCGGAGCUGACAAGGAGGUUGGUGCGAUCGAGCAGGCCCAUUACAGCACAGUAUGGACGUUAGCUUGGCAUCCGCUCGGACAUAUCCUGUGUUCCGGAUCGAAUGAUCAUACCAGCAAGUUUUGGUCGAGAAACAUCCCCGGAGACCAAAUGAGACAUACAUACAAUUUGAACACUUUGUCAUCGGGAGUCUCUGGAGCCGAGGAUAUUCACAUUGAUGAACCGUCAGUAAUUCCAGGAAUGGGACCAGAGGAUAAAGUGGAGUCUUUGGAUCCCGAUGAUUCUGACCUUCCUGGCAGUGAUUUGGACCCAAAUUCGAACGAAGACAAGAAGGCGAAGAAGGUGCCCUACAGUAAGCCAAUUCCACAAAACUUCCAAGCGCAAUGGAACAAAACUGAUGAAGAGUCGCCAAUUAAUGAAGACAUAUCACAGAUUGUGGACCGAGGAGCACCUCCGGAUUUCAUGUACAACGAGGGCGGCGAUUUCAACUCGUCCAGGUACGAUGACGACGACGAUGAUUACAUGGACAACCGAAACUUCCAAAGCAACGGCGGAAACUUCAACAACCA